CUCGCCCCCUAGUGGCCGCUGCCUGAGCUGCAUCAUCCAAUACCACGUCUGGGAUGCAGCUGUGGCAGGGGCACAGCCAGGGAAUAUCUUGACUGAGAUGCCCCGGGAGUGGGACCUGGGAUCUCUCCCCUCUAGCGGUCGCCAGUUCUGAUCCAGCCCUGGGCGGGAUGCGGGGAACUGGCGAUCUCAGAGAGGCGGAGAAUGGGAUACAGGGUUUUCCCCUUUAGAGGGCGCCAGUUCUAAAUUUCACACCAUCUACUGGGUGGAAUAUCAGAGCCCCUGAGGGGGGUGCUACCCUGCUGCCCCCUAGUGGCUGCAGCUGAGGAUGGCUCAGGCAAGUGGUUCCCCACUGCUGCCACCAAUAACUGCCCAAUCAUACUGGAAGCAGAACCAGCCUCAUCGGGUGAGCGACCUUGUGCUUUCAGGUCACUGUUGCCUGUUGAACCCGGGUGCUUCCCCCGGAGCCCAGUCAGUGCCGCUGUCCAGCCCGGGGUGGGGGUAUAAUUCAUUUCCACAUUUGAAAGGAGCACGAGACGGGAGAACAUGGGGUGGAGAAGAGCCACCCAGCGGAAGCCCUGGCUCCAUCCAGCCUGCCCAGGCUCCAGGAGUCUCCUCGUGCCUGGGAGGAUGUGAGAGAGUCGAGGCGGGUUUUGUGGACCGGCGAGGAGACGGGGAAGGCCGCUGCUCCCCGCUCUCGCUGGCGGUGCCAGCUGCGCCCGUGGCCGUGGUUCCCGGGGGCACGGCCCUGCUCCCCGCCGCCCUGCGGCUCCCGGCCCCGCCGCCCCCUUUCUUCCAGGUGCGCUGGCGCUUCCUGGCCACGGGCCGCCUGGUGCUGCUGCUGGCGGCCCAGGACUGCAGCGGGGCGGCCCCCUGGCGCCGGUCCUGCCGCCUGGCCCUGGAGCACGGCCGGGGCUACGAGAGCCGGGCCGGCCUGGGCCCCCGCGAGGCCGCGCUGCUGCUGCGGGACGCCGGCCCCGAGGACGCCGGCACCUACCGCGUCAGCCUGCUGGGCCUGGACGUGACGGCCUCGGCCGAGGUCAACCUGACCCUGGCCCCCGCCCCCGCCCCCACCCCCGGCCCCGCCGCAGACCCCACCAUCGUCCUGCCUCCCACCGCGCCAGCACCUGCCAACAGCACCGAACCGCAGGGCCUCCGGUUCCCGGCUUCGCCCCCUGGGGCCCUGCAUCCCGGCUCUCUGCUCCGGCCCCUCUUACGGGACACGGAGCCGCCCCUCGCCCCGGUAUGGGCCACGCUGGAUGGAGGGGGAGCUGUGGUGUCCAAUGCUGUCCGGCUGGGCCUAGCGGGCCUGGUUCUCUGCCUCCUGGCGCUGAUCACGGGCGAGUAUGUUCUGUCCAUAAGAAACAAGGACACCCCGGGGACAGAUUCACCCCCAGAUGCUGCUGCAACCAUCACUACACUGUCGACGAUAUACGUCCUCCAAGAGAUGCCCAUUCCAGAUGCCUCAGAGGAAUUAUAUGCCAGCCUAAGUUUCUGAUCCUGCUGUAUGAUUGCACACACGUGCUGCCGUUUCUCCUCUGAAACCCGCACUCACCAUCAUCAUUAGCUGGAAUUGUGCUCCUGCAGCGGUGAGUUCCACCGGUCGCGGCCAUGCUGCUUAGUAACCUGAGACACUGUGGCAAAGUCCAGUGCAAGCCUGCAUGCUCUCUGCCUGAACGGUCUUUCGUUUAAGAUUGGAAGGGGCUGAUGAGACGAGAAAGAGCAGACGUCAAGCUCCCAGGUUAGAGCCCCAGCCGGUGUAAAUGUGUGUCGCUUUGUUGGAGUCAGUGCGGCCAGAUCCCCGCAGCUGUGAAUGAAUAUUGCUCCGUUAGAGACAAACGCACUGGAUUCCCAGCUGGUGUUACUUGGUGUCAUGUCGCUGAAGCUAGCUCAGACCAGUGGAUCCACCGAAGCUGGAAUUCCCCUCCCCUGCCCUCCUUCGCUUUUAUUACAGAAGAGAAGAGCGUGAUACAUUAGCCAAUACUUUCUUCCUCCUUUUCGUUUCCCCCCUCGCAUUUCCCACUGCAGAUUAAAGCUGCCCAAGCUUUAAGCAUAAUAUCACAUGGGAGCUUCUUGCAUUUCGUAGUCAUCCUGUUUGCGUCACCAAUGAGAUUUGGAUCCAGAGACCAGACAAAAGUCCCCUCUGAUAGCCACUGCGAGGAAUUCUUGGGCCCGGGUUACACUAGAUGACUUCAUUUUCCCUUCUGGCCUUAAAAUCUAUGGUUCUCCAACACCUUGUGUUGUCAUUUGCACCAGAACUGGGCAAACAAUUGAUUUUUCAGGACAGUGCCAAGUCAGAAAAUCGGGGGAAACAUUGUUUAGGGCUUUGAAUGUGAAAUGUUGCAAUAUAUCCAUUGAAUCAAAAAGUUGGGAAAAAAACGUCAUUCGGGUCUGAACGAGAUCUGCGCGCGUUUAAACAGGAAUUCAUUCAGGGAAGUGCUCUAGGCUGCGUUAUGCAGGAAAUCAGCAUGGAUUAUCACCACCUGGCCUUGGAAUGUGUGAAUUUCUGGAUCUAUGAAAUCUUGGAAUCGACUAAUUUCUGGCUCUAUGAAAUUGUCACAAUCUAACAAUUCACCUUUUUCAGAUUUUUGUUGUGGUUGAGGUUUUGGUUUUGGUUUGUGACUGAAACAAUUGGCCAAAAUUGACAAAAAACCACGAAAUGUUUCGGUUGAGCCAAUUCUGUGGUUUUUUCACCGAAAAAAGUUUUGGUUGAAAAUUUUUGCCUCGCACUAAUUUACACCAAUAGGUGUAACACAUUGCCAGCGUUCCACACGCAUUUUGCACUAAUGUAAAUAACAACACAAGGUGCAAGUCGAGGGGGAAUGAGGCCUCAAUGGACCUUCAUUGCUUAAGGUAAAGCUGGAACUCCACUAGCUGGUUAAAUUAUUAGGUUUUUAUCAUGUAUUAGUCCCUGAAUGAGAACAAAGCUAAACCUUGUCCUAGAGCAGAUUACACAGGCACAAUUAGAGUUGGCUAUUUUUUGAACGACAAGCUUUUAUCUCUGCAAAUUGGUCUUUUUAAAGAAAAUGAUACUUUUUGCGGAAAAUGGUAUUUGGCAAAAUUUUCCAUAACCCUUUUCACCGAUAUUUGAACUAAAAUGUUAUUGAGGUUUGACUCAAAACAAUUCUAGAAAUGCUUCGUUUCUUGAAAAGCGUGUUUUCAGCCCAUUACAAUAACAAUGAGCUCUGAAAUCAUGCAGCAGUGGCCAGGUGUAACCAAGAUAAUUAAUUGCACUUUCGCCUAAUGGUAAGGGUUGGUCGAAAAUUUUCCAUUGGCGUUGUUUUCUGGAGUGAAAUUGGGCUUUCGACAAAAGGAAAUUUUUCGCAAACAGUGUCUGUUUUCUGCCAAAAACUUAGCUUUUCCUUGAAAAACCCAAGAGCCCCCCAAAUGAAAUAUUUUCAUUCUGGAAUGCUGCUGCAGUGGUGCCUCAUGGGAGUUGUAGUUCAGGUGCAUCACACAGCCAUUCUCCUCUAUAGACUGGGCUUUCUAGUCGAACUUCAUCUCCCAUGAUGCAGCGACUGCUGUGAUGCCCAGCACUCCCUCACCAAGAGGGAAGACCAUGGUACAUCAUGGGAGAUUGUGACGUUUCAUCUGGUGUUAUCCGGACCGGUGAUCUGCUAGGUCACUCCAAUCCUUGACUCUGGGAGCCAGCCUGACCCUGCUCUGCUGUGAGAACCCCCACUCCUGGGCUGUUCACGCACAGCCUCUGGCAUGUCAGCUGCU